ACCUCUGACCCAAUAUGUCACCAUGUGAAGAUGUAGGACAGGUGUAUUCACGGAGUGUUUUUAAAUAACGACGACCAUUCACGAUGUGUGGUUCUAUUACCCUGGACUAAUUAUGUCGACAGCAGUAGUUUUGGGUGGGGGAGUCAGCGGACUAGCGGCGGCGUACUAUCUACAGAGGCAGACAGCCGCAAAAUUUGCUAAGAUUAUUCUACUGGAGGCGUCGGACCGUCUCGGAGGCUGGGUGAGGUCAACGCGGUACGACAAUGGAGCAGUGUUCGAGCAUGGUCCCCGCAGUCUACGGCCGGUGGGAGAUUCAGGAAUCAACUCACUCAUGCUGGCAGAAGAACUGGGGCUGUCCAAUCAAAUUCUUCCAUGUCUUUCCACCAGCGCUGCAGCUAAAAACAGAUUCCUGUUUAUUGAUGGUCAGAUUCAUGCCCUACCUAACAGUCUAAAGUCCAUCUUGAGGACACAAGCACCCUUCACCAAGCCGAUGAUCUUGAGUGGUCUGAAAGAACUCCUUACAAAGAAGGGAGAUAACUCUGACGAAACUGUUCAUGCUUUUGUAGCCAGAAGAUUUGGGGCGGAGCUUGCCGACUAUGCUGUUGACCCGAUGUGCCGUGGGAUAUUUGCUGGAAACUGCCGGAACCUGAGCGUGGACGCAUGCUUCCCGAUGCUGACCAACAUGGAACGAGACCACGGGUCGGUCAUCAAGGGCAUGUUGACGCCAAAAAGUAAGAAGAGAGAGAUUCCAUCCUCGUCUCUGGUGCGGGUGUCGGAGUUGGAGAAGUGGGUUUCGUGGUCACUGCGGACAGGCUUGCAGGAACUGACCGAUACUAUGUCCACUGUGAUUGGCCAGAAUAGUACAACAGAGGUCAGGACCUCCACACCAUGUAUGGGCAUUGAGCUGCUGCAUGAUGGGAAACUCAAGGUGAAGACUGAAGGGGAAGACAUCACGGCCGACCACGUCUUUUCUGGUGUCUACUCAAAAAAUUUGGGAAGCUUGCUCCCUGCCAGUCCUUUGAAGGAUAACUUGAUGGAGAUUCCUGCCGUCUCGGUUGUUGUCAUCAACAUGGAGUACGAGGGACUGCAACUCCCGUAUGAGGGUUUCGGUCACCUCCUUCCAUCCUUCGAGAGUGGUCCAGUACUAGGUGUGAUCUAUGAUUCCUGUACCUUCCCUGAACAUAACAGGGGUGACAUGACCGACAGCACACGUGUCACGGUUAUGUUGGGCGGAGCUUGGUUUGACGAUCUGGUGAAGCUAACCAAUCUAGAUGAAUCUCACUUAAAGCAAAUUGCACAUGAUGCUUUGAAGACACAACUUGGCAUCACGGAGAAACCUAUACGUACAUACGUCACAUUGCAGAAGGACUGUAUUCCCCAGUACAUCCUUGGCCACAACAAGCGACUGUCAUCUAUGGACAAAUACCUGGCCGACACAAAGCUUCCCCUGAGUCUCAUUGGUUCAUCAUAUCGAGGUCCGAGCGUUAACGACUGUAUAUACAACACUCGGCUAACUGUGGAGAAAGUAUGCAACUCAUGAUACAUAUUAAAGUACACAAGAUGUAUGGUUCAUUUUAGAUGAUAGAAGUUUUCUACUACUUAUAUUUUUGAUAUACUGAGUAUUUUCUAUUUAUGUACAUUGAAAAUGCAAGGUUGAACAUAGAAUAGUAGGAGCUUUCACUGGUGAACGUUUUAAUAACAACGAUGUUCUGGUUAUGUCAUUUGUGUAGCUAAAUAAUGAAAAAUGAUUUCUGGUAUUGUUCAUCUUUGUAUUUAACAGUUUAAUAUAAUCCAAAAAUAAUAUACAUGACAUUGUUUGAAAGACUUGCUUCUUUCUUUGAGCAAAAUAAAAUUUAUCCAAGUUGA